GGCUACGAUCGACCGCUACGGCGCUACCGUCCGACACCCAAUCGGCUAUCAUCGUGUGCUCAACCCGUCAACCAUCUUUAUCUCCUUUGUUCGACCAGAAACUACGUUAAUAUAUUUGUAGAAAGCAGUGAGGAUGCGCAGCAUUGACCAAUGAGCGAGCUCGGUAUUGUGAUACGAGUAUAGCCGUGUAACUAACAUACUUGUCUAUUAUGUCACGGUAGUUUGUGUAUGCUCUUCCCUUCGGCCUUCACUACCGCGCUUCACAGGCUCCAACACUACCUCAUGUCCCCCGACCGUCUUCGUUGAUUUUUUUUGUUUUCCGUAAGUUUCUUCUCACGUCCGGCGUCGUCACGUUGCUGGGCCUCUAUAGACUACUGCAGAGGCAGAACACACUGUCACAUCUCAAAUCGCAGCUCGCCGUCCGAAACACUGUGCACGCUUCACCGCCGUCGACUUGACGCGUGCAACCAACGUGGUGGUGAUCCGUCGGAGACAGCAAGCCGCCCGCCCACCGUCGACUAGCCAUCCUGCCCGUCCAUUGCGCCGUGCCCCGACAACAAUACUGUUGUUCUACACUGUCCGCUUGAUCACGAUCGCCACAAAACAAACAUGGUUUACAAAAUAAAGAAACACUCAACAAUGCCCGUUCACGUAGUCGAUGACCAUAACGACGCGUUGCGAUAUAUCUACCGGGAAAUAGGUUCGAAACACUUGCCCUUGUACGGUAAUGUUCUGUUGCAUUUUGAUUCGCAUCCGGACUUGUCCGUUCCUAAAGAUAUGCCGGCCGAUUACGUUUACGAAAAAGAACAGUUGUUCGAUUCAUUAAGCAUCGAGAACUGGAUACUGCCAGCUGCAUAUGCUGGCCAUUUUGAUAAAAUUAUCUGGGUAAAGCCUCCUUGGGCACGGCAAUUCAAUGAAGGUGAAAUUGUGUUCAGUAUUGGCAAGCACAAGACGUCUGGCGUUAUACGAUUGACUAAUUCUAGUGAUUUCUAUCUGAGCGAAGGUCUUUAUUGUUUGGAAAAUGAUCUCAUUAAUAUAAGAACAAUCAAGUUGUUUGUAUUUACUAUGUGUAGUUCAGUUUUUGACGAUGGCGAGGAAAAAUUUGAGCUAUUACGAAACAAGUUUGUCGAGUACACUAGAGAUAAUCCUCAUUAUAUCUUAGAUUUUGAUUGUGACUUUUUCUCCACAAACAAUCCAUUUCUGUCCAUGUAUGACAAAGCAAAUUUGUAUACUAAUCUACAUAAAAUUUACACAUUCAACUCUCCAACUAAUAAAGAAGACGUUAACAGCUUACUGCAAUGUUCUCGCUCUAGAGAAAUAUUGUUGCAAGAAUUGGAAUCUGUGUUUAUGCAUCUUGAUGACGGUAAGUCAUUAGAUGAGUAUCCGACUGAAACUUUAACUGCCGUAAAUCCUGAAGAUUUAUCCUUUAUCGUAAACGAAUUGUUGAAACAUUACGAUACAAUUGACUGGUUGAUAGUGCAUAAUGCUGGAUGCACAAUUGACAAUAUUGAAUUACCUAACCAUCACACGGACUUAGCUGAUAUCGCAAAAUCUAUGGAUAUUGUAUUCAACUUUUUACCUAUUAUACACGAACCAGCUGCCAUUACAAUUGCCUUGUCCACAGGAGAUGAUUACUGUCCAUUGGAGAGUGCACGCUUUAUUAAUGAAUCAUUGCUCGCAAAGCUAGAAUGCUUGUAUAAUAAACUGAAUGUUCAAAAAUGUACUGAAGGUUCCUAAAUUACUGAAAUACCUAAAGUAUAAGUUUAUUUUAUUUUAAUUGUUAGUAAUUUGUUUUAUUCUGUGUGCAACAUAAUAUUUUUUUAC